CCCAAGGGAUCAACUGACUUUUGACACCCACGGAUCAUGGGGCUGAACUCAGGGGCGGGGUGGGUAGAAGAAAGGAAAUUAGGAAAACGGCCUUGAUAUUAAAUGAAUCCAAUCUGUGCUAGACGUCUUCCUGAUUCUCUCUGCGCGAUGAAGUGGACGCGGAUAACUGACAAACACGCGCAAAAGCCUCCUCUCCUCUCAAAUGCGCUCCUCCUUGGGUUGGCUUCUGGCUGGCCUCGCCGGGUUGAAGGCCGUGGCGGCAGCAUGCAACGGGAACUCGGCCCUCUGCUCGCGGAUUUACAGUAAUAUAACCCAAGUCGGCGCCCAUGACAGUGCGUUUGUUGGCAUCUUGUUGCCCGACAAUCAGUACGUCUCGGUCGCGAAACAGCUGGACAUGGGUGUCCGUUUUCUGCAGGCUCAGACGCACAAGAAGGACGGCGGCAUUGAGAUGUGCCAUACAACCUGCAUCGAGCUGGAUGCCGGCUCGUUGAGCAAGUAUCUGGGCCCCAUCAAGACUUGGCUCGAUGGUCAUCCGGACGAGGUCGUGACAUUACUUCUGACGAACGGCGAUGCGAUACCGGUCUCGCAGUUUGGAAACGUCUUCUCUGCAACCGGGCUUGAUAAAUAUGCCUACACGCCAGAGGGGACCCUGACGCUGGACCAAUGGCCUACGUUACAAGCCAUGAUAGAUUCAGGGAACAGGCUGGUCGUCUUCAUGGAUUAUCAUUCAGACACAAACUCGGUCCCUUAUAUCCUGGACGAGUUUGCCUACUUCUACGAGACGCCAUUUGAUACCACAGACAAGAACUUUCCUCAGUGCACGCUCGACCGACCGGCUGGGGCGGGUGCUGACGGGCGCAUGGGUAUCGUGAACCAUUUCCUCGAUGUCGACAUUCUUGGCAUCUUGAUUCCGGACCGAAUCCACGCGUCAACUACCAAUUCAGUCUCGUCGAUUGUGGCCCAGGCAAAUCUUUGCCUGCAGAAUUGGGGACGCUUGCCCAACGUCGUGCUGCUGGACUGGAUCAAUGAAGGAGACGCCAUAGGUGCCCAGAAUGUGCUGAACCAUCUCUGAUACGCAUGCCAGCCUCACAGAUGCCGUUCUACAUUGUAGAACUAGAACAAGACUUUAUCAAACAAGCGCUCAUGCCACCCCAGUGGACGAUCACAGGCCAAUGAUGAAGGUGUCAACCAGAGAGUUUGGUAACAUGGGGCGGCAAUUGGCUGA